AUGAAAGCUCAAAGUUCGGGGUUUCAUGGAGUGACCACAAGAGAAGUGGGAUCUGUACUACGACGACGAGAUAGAAAACUCAAUAGUCAGAGUGUUUUAUUUCACGAGACAUCUUGCAAGUGCUAUGAUGUACUUCAUCAUCUGAAAAGAGGCUCCGAUGCUCAUACAAGAACACGACGUAGUGCAACAACAACAACGGUAUUCUCCACUCCAAAACUUCCUGUUUGUGAAGAGACUUUCACAGGAACCAAUGAAAAUGACUUGACUUUCGAGAUCCUGGAGAUUGAAAUUGGUGAUCGGCAAAGGCUUGAGGCAAAGGUUGUUGAAGUGGCAGUAGAAUGCAGCCAGACACAACAUGUCAAGAUCUCCUAUGAACGUCAUUUGUUGCGCCAUCCUGAUGUCCCAAGGCCAUAG